AACUGAAAUGGCUAGGAAGCAAAACAAGUAGAAACAUGAAAGAGUAAUAAAAUGGUUGAGGUUGAAGUCUUUCUUUUUUGGGUCAUUAUUUUGAGUUAAAAUAAAUUUCAGAAACACCCUACCUCCAAAAUCCAAAAUCUCUGCUCUGCACAUACAUACAGAGUCAAUCAGUAUACAUUUACAAAUCUCUUAAUUAUGGCGGAUCUAUUUGCAUGACUUUCAAAAAUAGAUACUAUAUAUUAGUUGAAGCUCAAAAGUGACGAACUAGUGAGAUCGGAGAUGCUCGACGGUAUACUAACCCGUGGUUUCAGCUCCAAAUGCAAAUCGUUAGUAAAGGCAACGAGGACGCGAAUCGAGGUGGUGAGACGGAGAGCUGAGUCGAAACAGAGGUUUUUGAAGGAAGAUCUUGCCAAAUUACUUCAUAAUGGACUCGAUAUUAAUGCUUAUGGAAGGACUGAAGAAUUUUUGCUUGGGCAGAACCUCUUGUCCUGCUAUGACUUUGUGGAACAAUCUUGUGAAUAUAUUGUGAAGCAACUCUCCUACAUGCAGAAACUAAGGGACUGUCCUGAGAACUGCAGAGAAGCUGUGGCAUCAUUGAUGUUUGCUGCAGCAAGAUUCUCUGAUUUGCCAGAAAUACGAGAGCUAAGGGAUUUAUUUCAGGAGAGAUAUGGGAACUCCUUAGAAUGUUUUGUUAACCAGAAGUUUGUCGAGAAAUUAUCUUCAAGGCCCCCUGCAGUGGAGAAGAGAAUUCAGCAGCUGCAAGAUAUAGCGGUAGAAUUUUCCAUAAGGUGGGAUUCCAUGGGAUUUCAAAAGAGGAUGGCAUUUGCACGGGCUCAACCAAACAGGAGUGGACCUUCACAUGCUUCUGCUGGCAACCACAUUCUACCAAAUGGUAAGGAUGGUGGUUCAAAAGCUGAUAAACUUGAUAUUGCACUUGGUGAAAGGCACAAGGGAUUGAAUGAUCAACAUAAUAUACAGAAUGGCAGAGAGAGUAUUGUCUUGAAGAAAGAGCAGCUGGAUCUUCAUUCCUCUGAAGGGAAAGAAUCAAGUAAGGAUAGAAAUAAACAUCUUACAAAGCAGGAAGCAAGCUAUUCAAUGGCGCGAAAACAUGAUAUCUUGUUUGAAAAGGAGGAGGAACAGACAAGGAUAAGAAACAAAGCAGUCCUGGAGAAAGAUGAUAAUUCAAUAAGGAUAGCAAAAUCAGGCAGCUCAUCACAUGGGCAGAGGCUAGAAGGUUUUGAUAAUAAAUUCACUAGACACAAUGAAAAUCAUGGUCAAAUUCUCACAGGAAGAGCACAGGACCCUCUAUCUUGUGCAAGAUCAGAGACUGCUCCUAGUAGGGGACUCCCUUUCAGAAAUGAAUAUGUCUCUUCUGCUAGGGAUACAGCCAUUGAAAAGAAUACUGUUAACUCAACAAGAAUGGUUCAGCAGGAAGUUGGAAAUAGGUUAAUGAUAUCCUAUCCCAACUUUUCUCUCCCUCCACCAUACACUAAGUCCAAACAGAAAGCCAUCCCUCCUCCUUAUGUAAAGCCAAAUGAUAGCAAAGAAAGAGCCCUCAAAGGUUCUAAGCAGUCUGCUUCUGAAUUUGAUGGCCAUUUCAGAAGUUUGUCUCCAUGCAAUAGAGUUGAAACAAUUAAGAUCAAUAAAGAAUCAGACCUUCCUGAUCAUGUGGCUCGAAAUAUUAAACCCACUAGAACAAAUAGUCAUGGUCAUGAUAAAGAAUUCUCUCACAAGGAUGUGAUCUUGCCCAAACCAAGAUCUGUUAGGAGAAAGCACCAUAAAUCAGCGACAAAUCAUGGCGAAGUGGACAAGUCUGAAGAUGCCAGAGCAGUCAAGAGAAGUUCAAGUAGCCGGCGAAGGGAACAUUCAAGAAAAGGCUUGCAGAUUUUGUUUGAGGAUGAACGCCAUAGAAAAGAUGAAGAGGAAAGAAUGAUAGAUAAACUAUUGCUGCAUUACAGUAAAAGACCAUCAAAGUGUGAUCUGAAAAACCUGAGAAAAAAGGCACAUGCUCUGACAACUCCUGAUACUGGUGAGUUCUCAAAUAAUCAAACCAACAGAGAUCAGGAUAAAAAGGAAUCAGAUAUGGUUCUUUUCCCCAAAAGAUCUAUUUCCUUCCCACAUGAGCAGGCUGCUCCAUCAAAGGCAACACACGUAUUUGCUCGUGCCAAUUCAUUUCAGCCGGACAACCAGGCAUGUCAUGUGCAUCCCAAACUACCAGAUUAUGAUGAUUUGACUGCCCGAUUUGCUUCUCUAAGAGGCCGAUAAAUUAAUGAUAGGUUAAACUUGAGGAGUGCUAACCGUUGUUUGCUCCAGUGUGUUACCUCUUAACAUUCAUUUACACAGUCCGAUUCUUGCCCUAAGCUGUUUACUGACUGGAACCUGUAACCUUUAUUACUUGACAACCUGUACCCAAAAAUAUUCAUCAUGAAGUUCUCAUUGGCAUAGGUUUUUAAAUACUGCAGGUAGGAGGCAUAUAGCUGCGUAAUAUGACAUGUUUGAUGAGGUAAGUGAUGUCCGGACACAUUUAAGACUUAAGCAAUAAGUUGCUCUAGUUGCCACUGGUGUACUUGUUUAUUUUAAAGCUAUAACCAUUCAUGAUUCAUAUGUAACCACCCUCAUAAUUGAGGCUAUGAGACUCUUUUGAGCAACUAUUCUUGUAUAAGCUUACUACUCUAUGUA